UACAAUCAUAGUAUGGGCUUUACACGAUCCUCUAGGCCCAACAUGACACACAAAUUAGGGUUCUAAUGUAACAAAUCGUACACAAAUUAAUCGUCAUGCAUUUCUGCCCUACUUGUUCUAUUCUAAAAAUCACAUAAUCCAUUCCCCUGAUCUUUCGUUGUAUUGUUAUUUUGUCUUUUAUAAUUCUUUUUUUUUUCUUUUUUGUAUUAUUAUUACAAAAUUUUCAAUUUUAUCUCCCAGAUUCCGAUUAUCUCAUCAUCAAGAAUCAUCAACUCAUAUCAAGAUUUCACCAAAAACAUAGGAAAAAUCCCAAAUUUUUCGCACCCACCUAACUCACACUCUGUUUGAGCUUCAAGAUCCUUUCAAUCUUGAAAAAAUCAGAUUUUUUUAAUACCCAUCUUAUUAUUUCAAGUUCUUUGUUGAUACCCAGAUUGUUUUUCGUCCGAUUUCACCUCUUUUGUGAAUUAGGGUUUCGUUGACUACCGUUUGACCAAUCUUUUGUAUCGAAUUUAGUGCUUUGAGGUGAUUUCUAGGGUUUCUGGGGCUGUAUUAAUUUGUGACAUUUUGGGGGACAUUGAGAAGCUUGAAGUUGACUAAUUAGGGGUUGACCCAUUUGGGGAUUUAGGGUAAAAAGUUGUUUUUGCAUGGGUGAACAUGAAGGGGUGUUGCCCAAUGGGCUAUUGCCCAAUGCAGCUCCACUGUUGGAAAAUUUGGAUUCUGUUAGGUGGUUAAAGGCUGAAGAGAGAACUGCUGAGCUUAUUGCUUGUAUUCAGCCGAAUCAGCCGUCUGAAGAACGUCGGAAUGCGGUUGCUAAUUAUGUUCAGAGACUUAUUAUGAAGUGCUUUCCCUGUCAGGUUUUUACUUUUGGAUCAGUACCCCUUAAAACGUAUCUACCUGAUGGAGAUAUCGACUUAACAGCAUUCAGUAACAAUUCCGCUUUAAAAGACUCAUGGGCUACUGAGGUUCGGGAUAUGUUGGAGACUGAAGAAAAAAAUGAAAAUGCUGAAUUUCGUGUUAAGGAGGUUCAAUACAUUCAAGCAGAAGUGAAGAUUAUAAAGUGUCUUGUUGAGAACAUUGUGGUAGAUAUAUCCUUUAAUCAGGUUGGAGGAUUGUGCACCCUUUGCUUUCUUGAGGAGGUUGAUAAUUUGAUAAACCAGAACCAUUUAUUUAAACGUAGCAUCAUACUGAUCAAAGCAUGGUGUUACUACGAAAGCCGAAUACUUGGUGCCCAUCACGGGCUCAUAUCAACUUAUGCACUCGAGACUUUGGUUCUUUACAUAUUUCAUGUUUUCAACAAUUCCUUUGCCGGCCCUCUCGAGGUUUUAUACCGUUUUCUGGAGUUUUUUAGUAAUUUCGAUUGGGAAUAUUUUUGUGUUAGCCUUUGGGGUCCCGUGCCAAUAAGCUCACUUCCAGAUGUGACAGCUGAGUCUCCUCGUAAGGACAGUGGAGAGUUGCUGCUUAGUAAAGUGUUUCUUGACGCUUGUAGUGCUGUGUAUGCGGUUUUUCCCGGUGGUCUCGAUAACCAAGGGCAAACUUUUGUUUCAAAACAUUUUAACGUCAUUGAUCCAUUGCGCGUCAGUAAUAAUUUGGGACGAAGUGUCAGUAAAGGUAAUUUUUAUAGAAUACGCAGCGCGUUUGCUUUUGGGGCGAAAAGGUUGGCAAGAUUACUAGAUUGCCCUCAGGAAAAUCUAGUUGCGGAAAUAAAUCAGUUUUUUACCAACACCUGGGACCGGCAUGGCAGUGGGAUCCGGCCCGAUGCACCUGGUACCGAUUUACCGCGUCUUGGUUUACCAAUUUCUGACAUUCAACCCGUCGUUGAGAUUCCGAAAGUCAACUCAAGUGGCAAAAAGUUCAAAGAGUUCAUCGGGCGCGAGAGUGAAUUUGACGACACUCAUAAUGCAUCCCGUCAACAUGCCAUGUCAGCUUCUCAUGCCCAAAACAAAAAGGGUCAUGCAAACUUAAACAGAUGGUCGAAAAAUUUGACGUCGGGUCAAUUGGUCAAUGACGUUCAAAGGUCUCCCUUUGCGAGAACGCGGUCCAGUCCCGAAUUAACGGAUGAUUACAAGGAGGGUCCUGUGCAAAUUAGGCCUAAUCGAACAGUACCCGAAAGUGAAAAAACUCAGCCCGCAAACAGGAGGAAGAACGUUGAACCUGAGUUACCGAAUCAUCCACAAACUCAUCAAGCGUUUGACGUUUCUAUCGAUUCAAAUAACGGGCCACAAAUACAUCAAGAAGAGCAAGAUCUCGUGAACAUGAUGGCAUCUUCAGGACUUUACGGGUUCAACGGGCAGGUUCAUAUGCCAAUGGGUCAUUUACCGUUCCCAUUCCCACAAUCGUUUAUAGCGGGAAUGGGAUAUGCACAAAAGAACUUCCCGCCAAUGAUUCCUGCGUUCUCGGGAAUGCAGUUUCCGCACGGUUUGGUUUCUCCGCAACUAACUCAUUUCUUUCCUGGACUUGGAGUGACAACCGAUGAAAAUUCCGUCGAGCCCGUAAUUGAAAACGUAAGUUCUGUAGAAAUGGAACUAGAUUCAAGCUUUGAACCGGAUAGAAUGUCGGUGAAUACAGAAAGUGUUACAUCAGAUACUAAUAAUAAUAAUAUUCGGGCUUCUUCAGCUGGGUUAAGUUAUGUUCCUCCGCCUCGCCGUGUAGGUCCGUCCGGUGGUCUGGUGAGAAAUCAAAGUCAAAAUCAACAGAAGUAUAAAAAGGAAAAACGCGGGCCGUUAAGGGACGAUAGUGAUGCAGUUUCUGAUGAAAGAACUGUAAGUUCGAGAUUCUCGUCUGCUGCCCACAGUAACUCGUUAAAAAGUAAAACUUCAUCUGAAAGUUCGUGGGAUGAAACGUCCAAGGUCAACAAGUCAACAAAGGAAAAACGAGGGAAGAAACCGGUUGUCGUCUCUGCUGAGUCGUCAAGCGGGUAUUUCAAAGGUAAGACCAUGUUUGAAAACACAUCAGUUCACCAGUCCGAAGAUGAUAAUCACGACUCGGUUCGUCCGCCAAGUGUCGGUUCUGACACCGGACCCACAGGACCGCCACCGAUACAUGUUCUAAGAUCUCAAGCGCCUGGUUAUGAACUUGCACAAACCAGUGGACCUGACUCGAUGAUCCCUACGGGUCCGAUAAUCUUAGGUCAAAGUGGUCAAAAUUCUAGACAACGGAUAUUUUACCCUACAGGGCCACCUGUUCCAUUCUUCACAAUGCUUAAUUUUUACAACGGGCCAUCUCAACCCGGACAGUCUGACCCAUCAAGUAGCCCGUUUGGUGCAGAUAAUAAUAAUAAUAUGGAUAAUGGUGAUCCGGGUCAGAAUUUUCACGUUGAUGGACUCGGUCUAGACCGAUCUCGAGAUGUUGGGCCCGAUUCUUUGAGAGGGCCCACUCCUGGUGAAACCGCUGAACAGCGGAAACCCGAUAUUCUUAACAGUGACUUUGCCAGCCACUGGCAGAAUUUACAGUUUGGUCGGUUCUGUCAAAUUCCACCUCAGCCUGGGCCUCCUGUAUACCCUUCACCUCUUAUGGUCCCACCGGUUUAUUUACAGGGCCGGGUCCCUUGGGAUGGGCCCGGUAGACCCGUAUCGAACAUGAAUCUAGUAACCCAGUUCAUGAACUAUGGGCCCCAGCUCGUUCCUGUUGCUGCACCGGUUUCCAGUCGACCCGCUAAUGUUUACCAGCCUUACGUUGAAGAUCUUCCGAGACAUCGUAGUGGGACCGGGACUUAUUUACCAAAUCUUAAGGCUGCGAUUAGGGACCGGAAUCCUUCGGGCCCGCGAAGGGGGAACUACAACCAAGAUAGGAGUGACAAUCACAUUGAUAAAGAAGGAAACUGGAAUGCUAAUUCAAAAUCUCGCGGUUCAGGUCCGGGUCGCAAUUAUAAUCGUAACUACAUGGAUAAACCGAGUUCACGGUCCGAUCGGUUGGGUGGUAAUGACAGUCGGGCAGACAGGUCAGCUGGUUCAUAUAGACAUGAUACGUUUUCGGCAUACCAAACUCAAAAUGGCUCGUUGCAUCCUAGCUCGAAUCAAAGCGGUCAGGCUAACAUGGCGUACGCCAUGUAUUCGAACCCUGGUGGACCGUCAUCAAAUGGGUCAACUGUUUCUUCUACGGUGACUGUUUAUCCGUAUGAAGAUAGGAUGGGCAUUACUCCUCAUGGUGAACAGCUCGAGUUUGGGUCAUUGGGUCCAGCGAGCUUUUCUGGUGUGAACGGGCCAGCCCGGAUAAAUGAAGGAAGUCGUGGUAGGGGUGCAUUCGAAGAACAUAGAUUAUAUGGUGGUUCUGUACGACAACGGUCUUCACCAGACCGGUCUUCAUCGUCACAUCACAAAAGGUAGCUUGAUGUCGGAAAGAUGUCCCCCUAAAGUUUUUUUUAUUGUUUCAAGUGUCGUCGGGUCGAGGAUAUGUACUUUUGUUACAUGUGUUGUGAUUGUUAGAUGUAGAGUUCUUUUACUUAGGCAUCUACCAUGUUAUACAUGUGCUACUGCUGCUGUCUUUUUGACUGAUGAUGUUAGUGGUACAGAAGACAGUUUUGUUGUACUAACUUCAUUGAGAAUGUUUAAUGUACCAUUUAUAAAUUAUAAGAAAUCAAAUGAAGAAGUUUUAGUUUAGUCGCUA